GCCGUCCUACCUUCUCAUUCAACGCUCCUAAUUUUCUGUUCUUCUUUGAAAACAUCUAUAACUUGACAACAACCCCUUUCAGUGUUUUUCACAAAAUUCAACUUAAUCCAAUUUCCUUCAAUUCCAUUUCCAAUCAUUUUUUUUUUCAAAUUAAUCCUUUGACAACCCUUUAUUGCUUUAUAUUUCCAUGGAUGUUCACUGAGUCUUGAAAAAAAAAAAAAAACCCUACUGUUUGAAAGCUAAGAUCACCAAUGGAAACACAAGUGGAGAAGGUCUAUGUUGCAGUUGGGAACGAUGUAAGAGAUGGAUAUAAAACGUUGGCUUGGACGCUAAGAAGAUGGAGUUUUCAACCAUUCACCAUAGUCCUCCUUCAUGUUACUUACAACAUUUCCACUGAUUUUGUUUAUACCCCAUUUGGAAAACUUCCAGCAAGUGCAGUGAGUGAAGAGAAGCUGGAAAUAUUGAAGAAAUAUGAGCAAGAAAAGACUGAAAAGUUAAUGUCCAAGUACAUAGCUUUUUGUGGAAAGGUAAAAGCUGAGAUAUUAAAAGUUGAGAAAUAUGAUCAACCUAUCCACAAGCUCAUAGUAGAUUUGAUGUCAGGUCUUGAAAUUGGCAAACUUGUAAUGGGAAUCACAUUCAUGAAAUCCUCAUCAUGGAGAUCAAAGAGUGCAAUAAGUGGAGCAUUCUAUGUUCAUCAAUAUAAACCUGAUUUUAGUGAGCUAUACAUUAUAUGUGGGGGAAAACUAGUGGUCCUCAAUGGGAACAUCAAUGAAGGGUUGAUGGAAGAUGAUGGAGGAGGGUUCAUGGUCGCAAAAAUAAAAGAAAAACCAAGCAUUAAAAGCUUGUUAGGAAGAAUUUUCUGCGAACGCCGAAAAUGUUCGUCCCUUCCGUCAACAAACCAAGAUUCGGUGAAGGAUCGGUGGGACAAUAAUGUGGAAGAGCUUGAAAGCUAUUUCCAGCAAUUGUUGUCUUUGAAUUUGGAUGAAGAGAGUGAUAUGUUACAAGCUAAUCCAAUGGAGUCAGAUACACCAGAAAGCACUAAUUCCAACAUGAAUGAUGAAGAAAAAAUGGAAGCUGUGCAAUGUAAGAUAGAUGAAGCACAUGAGGCUAUUCUUUUGAAGAAGAAAGAAGCUAAGGCUGAUGUUGAAAGACAUGCAAAAGCUAAAUCGGCUAUAGAUUUAUGCAAUGCCAAGGCUGAGGAACUCGAAACUCAGAUAAAAGAAGAGGUCACCCACCGGUUAGAGAUUAAGAACGUAUUGGACAUUGAAAAAGAGAAACUCUUUGAAGUUAAAAGAGAAGUUGAAGAGAGCAAAAAUAGGCUUAAUUCACUUAAGGAACUUCAAGUUGAACUAUCAAAUAAACUUCAGAAAUCAAGUCAAGCAAGAGCAAAUGCUGUGGCUCAGUUAGAAAUGGCUGCAGUUACAAGAGCUAAGAUGGUGAUGGAAAUCGAGGAAUUGAGGCGACAAAGGGAUGUUUUUCAACGUAGGAUUGAGUUUUGUAGAGAGAAAGAUGCACUCAGAAUGGUUGCACGAUCAAACGAGUUAAGAUGUGGUUACAGAGAGUAUAUGGCCGAGGAUAUUAGAUUGGCAACUGAUGAUUUUUCGGAGCGUUUGCGAUUAAAAGUGAGUGGAGAUUGGUCGAAUGUUUAUCGAGGACGAAUCAAUCAUUCAACGGUUGCGAUCAAGAUGCUCAAUUCUGUUAAUGGAAUGUCCCAAGAAGACUUUCAAGCUAAGGUGAGGCUUCUUAAUGACUUAAGACAUCCACAUUUGGUUGCUCUAACGGGAUUCUGCUCGGAGCUGACAUGCAUAAUCUAUGAAUACAUGCACAAUGGUAGCUUGAGAGACAUUUUAUUUACCCCCCAAAGGAGCUGUAGGAAAAUAAACAGAAACCGAGUCCUUUGUUGGUAUGGACGGAUCCGAAUAGCUUCCGAGGUUUGCUCGGGCUUGGGCUACUUGCACUCGGCAAAGCCAAGGCCCAUAGUUCACGGUCAUCUAACCACAUCCAACAUCCUCCUAGACCGCGACCUAGUUGCAAAGAUUAGCGGCUUUGGCUUGAGACAGCACCAUGAUCACUAUGAUAUAAGAUUGGAUAUUCGAGCUUUUGGGGUUUUAUUGAUGCAUAUGUUAACUGGGAGGAAUUGGGCGGGCCUGAUCGAAGAUGCGACAGUGGAGGACCAGGCAGCACUCAUUAAGGUCUUGGAUGAGAAAGCAGGGAAAUGGCCUUCGGACUUGGCAGUAGAACUUGCAAAAAUAUCUAUGAAAUGCAUGUCGGUGUGCCGAGGGGCGAACCCAGAUUUGCAGAUUGCAACAGUAAUGGAAGAACUACAUGAGCUGAAAAAGAAAGCUGAUGAACUGAGGGCUAGAGGGGGAUUUGAAGUGGUAAGCAAUGAGAACGUAAACAGUGAAGACUCAAAUGAGGCACCAAGUGUUUUCCUCUGCCCCAUAAUCCAGGAAGUGAUGAAAAAUCCACAUGUGGCAGCUGAUGGGUUUUCAUAUGAAUUGGAAGCCAUAGAAGAAUGGCUGAAGAUGGGGCAUGAUACUUCUCCCAUGACAAAUUUGUGUCUUAAGCACACAUUCCUGACCCCAAAUCACACCCUUCGUUCCCUCAUCCAUGAAUGGCAGAACAAAGGAGCAAAUUUGCCUUGUUGAAUUAAAGAUAUUUCCUUGAGAAGAUUUAAGGAUUUGGCGUUUGAGUUUCUUCAUAGGUUAUUUAUUGCUUUUGCCUAUGACCCAAGUAACAGUGCUAUCAUCACAUAGCCUAGCCUCGUUAUCCAAUAAGUUUGAUAUUUGAAUCUCGCAAUCCCGAGCGGCGAACUCCUUUGUAUAAUAAAUCAAUGUAAACAAUAUCAAAUAUAGAUAUAGAGUUCAAGCUGUUUGAUA